AACAUUUUGACAGCAUUCACUUCUCGGUCCCGCUCACGAAAGGAGGCGCUCAUGCUGAUUGGGAUAUUGUCGGCCGUGCGGUAACUUGCUCCUCUGUUACUGUAAAUCGGAAAGGAUUAGGAUCUCUACUGCGCUAAUAAGGGAAAACAAUGACUGAACCUAACAAUGAUACGACCGAAUUUAUAUUUCGUUGGAGGUAGUGCUUAAAAGAUCAGGUAAAUGUGCCUCCUGAUCCUUCUCCUGCGUAAACCCGUUAAGUUCUCGAGGCCACUGCAUUCAUUACAGUGAAAAAGCCAACAAAAGCUUAGAAAUACAGCGACCAAGUCCCAAAUUAGUUUUCUGCACCUACGCCAACGCUGCUAUGGCCGACGAUUGCCAAGACUCCGAUGUCGGUGCUGAGGAAGGCAGUCUCUCCGCGAUCAAGCAGCAGGAAGAAGCCGACUCCAAUGCAGGAGAAACUGAGACCAAAAAACGUGUGAAACGUCCAGGUGGUUUUUGGAAGCGCUCGCCAUGCAAAAUUUACGCUGACAAUUUCGGUUUUGGAGUGAACCGGUACCAGUGUAUGAUAGACUAUCUUGACUUGAAAGAUUCUGGUGGACAUCCAAAUAAGAGUGAAAUUCGGUUGCCGCUGUUAGAAGAUCGGUGUUUGGAUUCGUACAGUUCAAAGAGACCAUUCAAAUUUUACGACAAUUGUGAUAUUGACGAUUUCAUUGAUAAAGGAGAGAAAAUACGUUCUCAGAUUCGGCAAAACGACGUAGCUUCUCCCGGGAACGUUUUGCGACGAACUCACACGAAUUGGUCGAUGACGAAGAAGUACGUGCAGUUGGUGAAAAAGUCAAACGUGAUCGACUACAGGAAGAUUCGCGAAGAAGCCGCGCUCGAAGCUUUGGGAGUACCAUCUCCAAAAGUUUUAAAAUCACUAGGUGUUUCAUUUGUCCCUGCCAGCAAAAUGGAUUCAAUGAAUCUUACGCUUAUGAAGGCCCAUAACAACUUGGAUCAUGCCAUCUACAUGAACUCCCGUCGUGAGCGACUGAACCAACUAGACCACCAGAUGGAUGGCGUGAUGGAUCAGAUCUCGAACACGACCGAAGAUUUGAGCAGAAGGACUCGGCAAGAACUUUCUAGGAGAAAUCGGAACCAGAACAUCACCGAGUACGAUAAGGCACAGAACAUGAUGGAGCUCGCCUUGGUGACAGAAGACAUUGCCUCCCGAAAUCGGCUUCGACGUCAGCUAGAAUUACGGGACCUGGAAGAGGGUGUCGAUGAAAUUAUGCGAUACGAUUCGUCGAGGAACCGCGUCAUCAACAACCUGAGGGCCUUAGACGACCACAUCGUAGGAAUGGAAGACCAAGUGGCGGCAAUGCGUCGCAGGCAUAGAGAAGAACGAGGCGACGAUUACGAUAUGACGGUGGACACACUGAAUGCUUUGGCGCGUAGGAAGGCACGCAGGGUAUUAAACUUGAAUGUUAACGACGAAGAUGUGGAUGACCCUGAAUUGGCUCGGUUGAGAAUGCGUAAAGCGCAUCAAUAUGAACUAGAUGAUCCGGCUGUGAAACCGUUUCGCAAGUUCGCUACCAGGCCUGACACCGUGUCAGAUGUCCAGUCACGAGUCUUGCAAAGGGCCGGAGAAAUUGCCGGACAGACGUCAGUCCAUCGUCAUGUGAACAACCGAGCCCGUUUUGUCAACAUUUACGUGCCCAGGCACAACACCGCUGAUCCCGACCUCAUCGUCAGGCCAACGCGUACUGAAUUGAACAUUGAUCACAUGGCAAAAACUUUGGCUUCCAAGGGAAGAAUCCAGCGUCGGUUCGACGUGGACGAAGAAGCUGAUCUUCCAGUAUCUCGCCUCAACACCUACUCCAGGGACCUCUACCGCCACGGUGGCAGGAAGCCCAUCGAACCUCUUCCAUCAACCUCCAGGAGGGUCAUGGGCGCCGUGUGCCGCGCCAGGGCACGUAACGCACUGCAAGGCCAAUAAUUUGAUUUCAAACUUCCCGCGACGAUCAACAUGAAAUUAACUUAUUAGUUGUUUAUAAUUGGAACUAAGAAUGUAGUCUGGAUUAUUAAAAAUUUGAAUUUGUAACAAAAAUUAAAGUAUUUCCAUGAAUACCAGCUCCGUUUUUUAAUGAUCGAUAGAACAUUGCGGAUGAAAUUACUGAGAUAGAAAAUUUUUUACUUCGAAAAUAUUUCGAUAUCAAGUCGAACAAUCGCAUCUCGAACACGAGAAAUUCUGUAUCGGAAGCCUAUUUUUCGAAGGAUUUUUCUCACCGUUUAAAAAUGUCAGAUAACUUUUCAUAAAGUUGAUAGUUUGCCUAUCUAUUUUGGGCGCUUCAGUUAACAGUUGAUCUUCCGGUUGAAUGUUCUUGUUGAAUGUUCCUGAAUGUUUCGCUGAGUUUUAUGUUAUAGACAAUGUUCAGUAAUUUUCAACCGUCUUCCUUUGCUUACUGCUAAGUUUUGUCUACUGUUGGUUUGUUAGCUUAUUUGAAAGCUCCAAUAAAUGUUGAACAUGAGAAAG